UGACUGUAACGCGUAUUACGAUUUCACUGAACGGGUAGGUAUUCGUUUGUCACGGUCUCUGUCUGUGACACGUUUUACGAUUUCACGGGUUAAAUCAAAGAUCCAUCUUUAAUCCUUCAUUGGUAAAAUGAUGAAUAUAAGGAACGUAAAGGGAUCAGGAGGAUGGCAAGGAGGAGUGUUGGCCCUCACGCAAAGUUUUCGUGUGAUGUUUGAGCGUGGACUUCRCACCCAAAGACCCGCAAUCCUUUUUAAAGAUUCCAAGUUACCGAUAGCAGAAAGUUCGUUUGAAAAAGCCGAGGAAUGUCCAGUUUGCUCUUACAAUGAUUGGGAUCCGCUUGAAGAGGUCAUUGUUGGAAGAGCUGAAGGGGCAACUGUCCCAGUUUGUUCGGAGGAGGUGAAAGCUGCAAAGAGUCCCAAAAACUGGCCUUUCUUCCAGAAAUAUGGCGGUCAASCCUUCCCAAAAACACACAUGCAAAAAGCAGUAGAUGAAAUCGAAGAGUUAUGUAAUGUGUUGAGGCAUGAAGGAGUGACAGUGAGACGACCAGAAAUUGUGGACUUCUCCCAGGUAAUAUCUCUCGAUAAAGAAUUCAGUAAAUACCAUCAGUCUACUGAAUAAUGAUUGAAUAAUUAGCAAUUAUUCGCCAAAAACGAAGUNAUCGAGAGUCCCAUGGCGUGGCGCAGUAGAUUCUUCGAGUAUCGUGCCUACAGACCCCUCAUCAAGGAAUACUUUAGAAAGGGAGCAAAAUGGACUACAGCCCCUAAGCCGCAGAUGAGUGAUGACCUUUAUGAUUUGGAGUAUAAUAUGAGAAGUGUUGAAGAAAGAGCUGAAUUAGCAAAUCAGGGGAAAUAUGUUACGACCGAGUUUGAACCAUGUUUCGACGCAGCAGAUUUCAUGCGGGCAGGAAGAGAUAUCUUCGCCCAGAGAAGCCAUGUUACAAACUACAUGGGUAUCGAGUGGGUUUCUCGUCACCUUGGCGACCAGUUCAAUGUACACAUCAUCUCAUUUAAGGAUCCAAACCCCAUGCAUAUAGACGCUACCUUCAAUAUCAUUGGUCCAGGACUUGUGUUGUCUAACCCUGAUAGGCCUUGCCAUCAGAUAGACAUGUUCCAUAAAGCCGGUUGGAAAGUUGUUAACGCACCCACCCCCCUCGUUCCUGACGACCACCCUAUGUGGAUGGCAUCCAAAUGGUUGUCCAUGAAUGUUCUGAUGCUUGACCCGAAGAGAGUUGUCUGUGAAAAGAAAGAAACAACUACUAUAAAGAUGUUUGAGAAGCUCGGCAUCACUGCAAUCCCCGUCAGUAUUCGUCAUGCUAACUCGAUUGGUGGUGGCUUUCAUUGUUGGACUACAGAUAUACGUCGCAGAGGAACGCUGGAAUCUUACUUGUGAAACAUGUUCACUAUAUAUAAUAUGCCUAGAGCUGGAAAUUGACCAGUCAGUUAGACAUGUACCAUUAAAAUGACUUUUUUAAAGUUUA